UAGAAUUAUGUAUGACAUUCCUACACAAUUAGUUCCUGUAUAUUUGUUCCGUUUGGAUAUACUUGUAGUAAAUAUUAACCAUAAUUUUGGUUUUCUUAUAGAAUGGCCAUAAAAAUAAAUGGAUUUCGACGCCAUUUUAUGGUGGAAAAAGUCUUGUAGCACUUCUUAUACAGCUUAUGAUACUUUUGUCCGGUACAUCAUGGAGCAAGUUUUGCACUGGGGCAAAGUUCAUCAAUUUGAUGAUUGGAUGUUCACGUGCUUUCUAUCAUCACCAGCUGUUGUAUAAAGAAGCAAUUCAGAAUUUCUUUAAAAGCCACAUCACAGAUAUCCACAGAAAAUUUGGAGGAAAACCUCUAAGCUUAGCUGUUGAUGUCCGAUAUGAUUCUCCAGGUUUUUCAGCAAAUAAAGCCACUGCUGUGUUCAUGGACAAUGAUAGCCGAUUAAUUGUUCAUUUAGAUAUUGCUGACUCGCGCGAAGUUCAAAGAAGUAGCCCAAAAAUGGAGAAAUUGCUGAUUGAGAGAGGUUUAGAAACUGUAGUUUACAAAUUCCCACUUGUAGUUUGGGAGAUCGUAUCAGACGGCAGUAAAACUAUCAUUGCUUUACUGAAGUCGGAAAGAUUUCGUCACAUCCAUCACAGCCUUGACAUAUGGCACAAAGCUAAAAAACUGGCUUAUAUGUUGGGAGAUUUGGCAAAGAAAGCUUCCAACCGCAGUCUGUUACCAUGGAUACGACCCACUAUCAACCAUUUCUGGUAUUGCUGCAGUUCAUGCAACGGAAAUGUCCAGAGGCUAAUUAAAAAAUGGUUUACUAUUCUUCAUCACGUAACAAAUGAGCAUGAAUGGCCUGGAGGCAGGUGCACACAUGUUUCGGAUUCAAGCAAGUGUAAUGGAAAAUGGUUGUCUAAAUCAUCGGAAACAUUUAGAGAAUUUCGGAAAAUUAUCAUAAGUAAAGAAUUCCUUGGAAAUCUUCAAUACUACACCAACUGUAAACAAACUUGGGCUAUAGAAAACUUCUACUCACAUGCAUUGUUGCAUUAUUGCCCUAAACAAAUUUCCUUUGCUUAUGAUUCUUAUAUUAUACGAAACCAAUUAGCUGUAUUAGAUCACAAUCAUCAUGUCGAAAGACAAUUGCAGUGUGCCGAAGAUGGAACAGCUGUUCCUGUCAUACAGUUUUCCCGAAAGACAAAACAAUGGGUGGCAUAUGACAGAAAAGUUCCGAAAUCCUAUAGUUCUAUUCCAGAUCUUAUUUGUUUGUGUUUGAGACAAACGUAUGGUGCAUCUGUAGCAACAUACACGAGAAGUGCUGAGUCAAAGAAGUUGGAUGAUAUCACUAAAAAUCUUUCUGGUGAAAAAGCUCCACCUUCUAAGGAAUUGCUGUCCGAAAGAAAGAAAAGAAAAAUUUCAGGUCUUGAGCUACCUUCGAAAAUCUGAUUGGACGAGCAUCAUCCUGAUACAACUGUCAUGAGAGAGAGAGAGAGAGAGAGAGAGAGAGAGAGAUGGAAGGGAUUGAGAUCUGGUAUACAAAAUAAACCUUAGCAGAUUUUUUGUUUUGUAUUACUUUUUUUCUAGAAAAAGAUAUUUCAAAAUGGUUUAGGUUAGUGAUAAUGAACAUUCUUUUUAUUGUCAAUGUAUUUUUUUCUUCAAAUAAUAACUGGUCCCUGGAUAGCGUGAGGUGUGAAACGAUUCUAAUAAUAGAAAACUGGACGGUCCAGUUUUGCUAGAUCACUUUAUUUACAAAUCGCAAGGCGUGUGCACCGUGUUGAUGAAUGCGAAAUACCAAAAUUUGGAUAAAAUACUCAUACUUUUAUAAAUUAUCCUUUGUUUUACUAACGAUGGGAUUUCCAAUAAUCAACUUUGUACUGUCAGCGUCUGGUAAGCACUAUAAAAGGGUGUUUUAUUUGUAAAAUGUCAUCUGCAUUUUUUUUUUGUUUUUAUUUAUUCAUUUAUUUUUUUACCAAAUUAUCGUAUCAACUUAUUGUGAAAUGUUUUUUUUUUUUAUUUUCAUAGAAACACCUUUACCGAUUUGUAACUAGCGCAAGACAGUACAAAUUUGAAAAAUAUUUCUUAUUUCUUGGUUUACACACACGGCCCCCUGGAAGCUUGUGCAAUGGGCCGUGACUGUGAUCGAUCACAUAUAUUUGGAAUUGAAACUAUCACAUAGGAAAGAAAUAUGGCGGACACCGCUUCGCUUGUAACGUAUAGUAGGUUUAU